CCCACGCCUUCCACGCCCACGAACACCCUCCCACGCCGAAGCGAAGCUAAACCUUCCGCAUUCCGUCAGCUCACCUUAUCCUCCAAGUGACGGACAGCACACUUUCGAGUCUCCACUGCAGCUCGUUUCCCAGGUAGGCAGGCCCCUUUCCACGGUGGAUUUCGCCCGCCACGUUGCAUCUCAGUACUUCGUCAGCUUCCAUGCGAAGUUCCAAAUGCUCGUCGAAAGACCAAGAUAGCAUCACCACCGUACGCCAUUGUGAGCUGACAGAAACGGGCCGUCCACUAUCACCAUUGAGUUGUUCUCUCAGGCUAAUUGCCCGUUUGCUACCCAGGAGUGCGAAUCACCUCCUGGGUCUUGGACCUCGUCCUUCGCUUCCGGAUACACCGUCCCGGCGUCACCACGUCUUCACCUUGCCGCCCUCCCGUCGCCUCACCGACGCCCCUCUCGGCCCCAACCAUUGGCGUUCACACACGCCCCCGUUCUUGUGUCGCCUAGAGCUUCCCGUAUACGGAGAACCUGACGAGGUACCCAGUUACCCCAACUUGAAAAUUUUCAUCGGCCUUCUCCAAUUCUGUGUGAAUUCAGCCAGAAUUGCACGAAAUCGAGAGAAAAAACGACAACCAGAAAAAAAAGAAAUUGCCAAUUCCUAGGAUCGGGUCUGGCUUCCGUCUUCUCCCACCCUCCACACCGACACCCCCGUCUCAACCCUUAACCACCCCGGUCGUCGUCGUCGACGGACCCUCGUCGCCCCCGUUAUUCAACCAUCCUGGUCUCCCGGCUCCACG